AUGGCAUCACACAUUGUUGGAUAUCCUCGCAUGGGCCCCAAGAGAGAGCUCAAGUUUGCCCUCGAGUCAUUCUGGGAUAAGAAGAGCAGCGCCGAGGAUUUGGAAAAGGUGGCUGCUGAUCUCAGGGCAUCUAUCUGGAAACAGAUGGCUAGUGCCGGGAUCAAGUACAUCCCUAGCAACACUUUUGCAUACUAUGAUCAGGUGCUCAAUACCACCGCCAUGCUCGGUGCCGUUCCACCAAGAUACGGAUGGACCGGCGGUGAGAUUGGAUUUGAUACCUACUUCUCUAUGGGCAGAGGUAAUGCCUCCGUGCCUGCAAUGGAGAUGACUAAGUGGUUUGACACCAACUACCACUUCAUUGUCCCUGAAUUGGGACCUGAUAUGAAGUUCACUUACGCUUCUCACAAGGCCGUGAAUGAAUACAAGGAAGCCAAGGCGCUUGGAGUAGAUACAGUUCCCGUCCUCGUUGGUCCAGUAACAUACUUGUUGCUAUCCAAGGCGGCUAACGGUGUCGAUCCAUCCUUUGAUCUUCUUACACUCCUCCCUAAAGUCAUUGCUGUCUACAAGGAAGUUGUGGAGGAUCUUAAAGCAGCUGGCGCUUCGUGGAUUCAAUUUGACGAGCCUACCCUUGUCUUAGAUCUUGAACCUCACCAGUUGCAUGCAUUUACUGCAGCAUACUCAGAUCUUGCCUCCACUUUAUCGGGUUUAAAUGUUCUCGUUGAGACCUACUUUGCCGACAUUCCUGCUGACGCAUACAAGACCCUCACAAGUCUGCCCGGUGUCACAGCAUUCGGAGUUGAUUUAGUCCGUGGCAGUAAGACUCUUGAUUUGAUCAAGGGUGGAUUCCCUAGUGGAAAAUACUUGUUCGCGGGAGUCGUUGACGGAAGGAACAUUUGGGCUAACGAUCUUACUGCUUCUCUGAUUACAUUAAAUGGGUUGGAGGACGUUGUCGGCAAAGAUAAAUUAGUUGUGUCAACCUCUUGCUCACUUCUCCACACCGCCGUUGAUCUUGUUAAUGAGACCAAGUUGGAUAACGAGAUUAAAUCAUGGCUAGCUUUUGCUGCGCAAAAAGUCGUUGAAGUAAAUGCAUUGGCCAAUGCAUUAGCUGGCCAAAAAGAUGAGGCCUUCUUCUCUUCUAAUUCUGCAGCUCUGGCUUCAAGAAAGUCCUCUCCAAGAGUGACUAACGAGGCUGUUCAGAAGGCUGCUGCCGCAUUGAAGGGCUCUGACCAUCGCCGUGCAACAAACGUCAGCACCAGACUCGACGCACAACAAAAGAAGCUCAACCUUCCUGUCCUUCCAACCACUACCAUUGGAUCCUUCCCUCAGACCCCUGAGUUGAGGAGAGUGCGACGUGAAUACAAGGCUAACAAGAUCUCAGAGGAAGAGUAUGUUACUGCAAUGAAAGAGGAAAUCCGUAAAGUCGUUGAACUCCAAGAACAGCUCGAUAUUGACGUCCUUGUACACGGAGAGCCUGAGAGAAAUGAUAUGGUUGAGUACUUUGGUGAGCAAUUGUCAGGCUUUGCCUUCACUGUUAAUGGUUGGGUGCAAUCUUACGGAUCUCGUUGUGUGAAGCCACCAAUCAUCUACGGUGAUGUGAGCCGUCCAAAACCAAUGACUGUUUUCUGGUCAUCUACUGCUCAGAGCAUGACAAAGCGCCCAAUGAAGGGAAUGCUUACCGGUCCCGUCACCAUUCUCAACUGGUCCUUUGUUCGAAAUGACCAGCCAAGAUCCGAGACUUGCUAUCAGAUUGCUUUGGCUAUCAAGGAUGAAGUAGAAGACCUUGAAAAAGCCGGUAUCACUGUUAUCCAAAUCGACGAAGCUGCUUUGAGAGAAGGGCUACCAUUGAGGAAAUCAGCACAAGCUCAAUACUUGGACUGGGCCGUCCAUUCCUUCCGGAUCACCAAUGUUGGCGUGCAGGAUACCACUCAGAUCCAUACACACAUGUGCUACUCUCACUUCAAUGAUAUCAUCCACUCAAUCAUUGACAUGGAUGCUGAUGUGAUCACCAUUGAGAAUUCUCGUUCUGACGAAAAGCUCCUAAGGGUGUUCCGCGAUGGAGUUAAGUAUGGAGCUGGAAUCGGCCCUGGAGUUUACGACAUUCACUCCCCAAGAAUACCACCAACCGAAGAAAUUGCUGACAGAAUGAACAAGAUGCUUGCAGUGCUUGAGACAAACAUUUUAUGGGUCAAUCCCGAUUGCGGUCUCAAAACUCGCAAGUACACCGAGGUGAAUCCAGCCCUCACAAACAUGGUUGCGGCCACAAAACUCAUCCGCAACCAGCUUGCAAGUAGCAAGUAA